AUGCUCUCACGUGUUGCUGCAGUGAAGGCACCCCGCACACACAACCGUCGCGGCAUGACCGGAUCCAGCGGAAGGAGGAGGGAAGGAAAAGAGAGUGAGCCGCAGAGGCCCAACAUGUUCCGGCGUGUGUUUAUUUCCGCGGUGCUGCUUCUCCUCGUCGUGAUGAUGUGCUGCGGCAGUGGUGGUGCUGCGACUGCUGAUGAUGGGAAACAGUCAUCUCCGGGAUCUUCAUCGGUGACCUAUUUUUAUUGGAGAGAUAUGAAAGAAGGGGAAACGGUGAGUUCGCUCCGUGUUCCAGUUCUUGUUGGUAUGGAUGGUGAAGUGUUUGCCGUUACCGAGGCGCAGUGCAAGAGAGGCAGUGAUUGCGGUUUUGAUGGGGUCGCUUCGAAGCUCCUGAAGUUGACUGAUCAAAAACCAAAAGAGGUGUUGGAUCCUACUCAAUUGAAGACACAAGUACUGGAGAAAAGUGGUUCCAGUGAUGGGAGUUGCCCCUCCAAUGAAGUGAAGGGGGAUAACUCCCUACCAACGACGAAGUUACAUGUGGGUGGACCAACAACAGUUGUGAGAGGCAGAGAUAUUUACAUGCUUGCUGGAAACUACAGUUGGACCUAUGCCUCUACUGGUCAGGCUGCUAAUGUUCUAUGGGGACUUAUUCUGGUGAAAGGGAAAGUCAGUUCUGAAGGCAGCGGCAAAAGAAUACACUGGAACGAUACUUACGCUCUUCCGUGGGAUCACUUUUUUGGCGAAACAAAGGGAUCCUUGAUGCGGCUGAUGGGCAGCGGUGGAUCGGGUGUUGGGACGGAGGGCAAUACACUUGUGUUCCCAGUGGAAGGUACAAAGAAGAAGGAGAAUGGGGGCACUGAAGAGGAUGGAAAGACCGUCUCACUGCUCAUAUACUCCUCGGAUACUGUGAGUUGGACGCUGUCGAAGGGGAUGUCUGCCGAUGGCUGCAGUGAUCCCUCCGUCGUGGAGCGGAAGAAGGGGAAACUCAUCAUGAUGACUGCGUGUGAUGAUGGCCGCCGCAGGGUGUACGAGAUCAACGACAAGGGGGAUUCGUGGACGGAGGCACUCGAGACACUCUCGCGCGUGUGGGGCAACAAACAAAAUCGACACGAGAAGGGCGUUGGGAGCGGGUUAAUUGCAGCAAGGAUUGGAGAGAGGGACGUGAUGCUCGUUACUCUGCCGGUUUAUUCCAAUGAGAGAGGCAAUGGAAAGGGCGUACUUCAUCUUUGGCUGACGGACAAUACGCACAUUGUUGAUAUUGGGCCGGUAUCCGGAGAAGAUGACGUUGCCGCCAGCUCCCUGUUUUAUAAAAGCGGGAAUAAUAAUGAGGAGUUGAUUGCACUGUACGAGAAGAAGGGUGGUGGUCAGCCAUCACCCGGUGUUGCCUCUGUGCUUCUAACUGCGCAGCUGAAGCGGGUGAAGGAGGUGCUGGCGACCUGGAGGGAAGUGGACAAACGUGUCUCCAAGCUGUGCGCCUCUCCAGGUACUGCAAAGGGCACCUCAACUGGCACUGCCUGCAGCACUGUUAGGCUCACGGAUGGGCUGGUUGGCUUUUUGUCGGGCAAGUUCUCUGGGAAUACAUGGAGGGACGAGUACCUCGGGGUGAACGCCACAGUAACGAAAGGAGUGGCAUCAGGGCCUGUCGAUGGAGUGACGUUUGGAGGCGUCGGAGCAGGAGCGCAGUGGCCUGUUGGCAAGCAGGGGCAGAAUCAGCUGUACCACUUUGCGAACUCUGUUUUCACUCUUGUGGCGACGGUGUCUAUUCACGAGGCGCCGGAGAGCGGCAGCGUUCCUUUGCUGGGUGCGAGGAUGAACGACGAUGGGAAGACUGUACUCCUGGGACUGUCGUACAACAAUGAAAAGAAGUGGGAAUUGUUGUUCAGUGGCGGAACGACCAAGGAGCACAGCAGCACUUGGGAGCCAGAGAAAACGUACCAAGUGGCCAUUGUGCUACAGAACGGCAACCAGGGCUCCGCGUACAUCGAUGGCCAACAUGUGGGGAAUGCGCAAUUUGAAUUGAAAAAUACGGGGUCGAAAGGAAUCUCCCACUUCUACAUUGGAGGGGAUGGAGGCAGCACAGGGAGCCAAGAAGUCUCUGUGACUGUGACGAACGUCAUGCUGUACAACCGUCCGUUGAGUGCCGCGGAGAUUGGUGUGCUGAACGCCAACAAACCCACUAUUCCAAAGAUACUACACUCGAAAACAGUCGCGGCAGGAGCAACGGGUGUCGGUACCGCUCGCCACUUUGGGGCAAAUGGUGAUGGCAGCACUGUUUGCGGAGGCGGACUGCUGCCGCUGCUCCUUCUGCUUGGAUUGUGGGGGAUUGCCGCUUCUUGA